UACAUUGUUAGAUAUUAUGGGUCUUGGACCACUAAGUCUUCUAUAUCAGCCUAACAAAAUUCUGAAAUCACAAAGGCCCAUUUAAGUUGCAUGGCAAGUGUGUAAGUUUAGUCUUGUACUACUACUUGAGAAACAUUAGCACUGAUAUAUAAGGUUAGGAGAUAUACUACUCCUUGUAGCAUGAGAAAAGAGUGCAACUACCUGCACGUUCAAUCUCACUCACUCCCCCACUUCAUGCCACGCAAUGCGCACGGGUCACAUCAUAUAUCAUCAUGUCACCUAAAUUGAGCUUGAGUUCGAGACAAUGUUAUAUGCCAUGUUGGAAGAAUUGAUAUUUUUCUAGGUAGUGCACCGCUAAAUCAUCUCUGGGUGUGCCUCUCCAAACUUGAGCCUGUUAUGGACAUCAUUUGCUUCCAAAUACUCCUUCCACCAUGUGUUAGGUGCAUUUCUACACUAGUGGAGAAAUGGCUAGCCACAACUUUUGUUGGUGGAGCACCAUUUCCCACCAAUGCCAACACUAUUUUUUUUCAAAUAGUGCUGGCGUGUGCAUACUUGGUACGGCCGUGAUACGACCUUAGUGCUGUCGUAAAAAAAUUCUGUUACACCACAGAUAUUUGCUGAGUUUUUUUUGCUUGCUAAAUUUUCUUAUGGCGUGGCCCAUUAGGCCCACGCCAGCACUAGUCCAUCUUCUAACUACCCUAUCCAGUCAAAAAAAAUCUAAGUUCGAUUCACCCCACAUUGUUUUCACCUUCGCCCCCCCCUCGACCAGUGCCGCCUCCUCCUCCCGACCACGCCGCUCGUAGUCGUUGGACUAGUGCGUCAACCGCCACCUCUGGGUCAGGAGAAGAUCUCCCCUCUCCCCUCGCGCAUCUUCUUCCCCUGCCCUAGCGUCUCCCUCCAGUGGCGGAUCUGAGCCAGAAAAAUAAGAUACUUCUUCUCUGUACAUGGAUGGACUGAUGAAUGGAUCAUGGAUGAAUUUUGGUACCGUGAAUAUGUAUGUUUGUUUGGUAGGAGUAGAUGCUUUGCUUGAUAGAUGAAUGAAUGGUGCUAGCUUUCUGAUAGAUGGAUGGAUGAAUUUUAGUACUGUAAAUGCUCAAUGCUACUGUGUAGGUAGAAGAUUUGCUAAAUUUGUAUUGCUAGUGUGAUUGCUAAUGGAUAGACAUUGUAGAUGAAGAAAGCCAAGAACUAUAAUUAGAUUGGCGGUGUAGAAUUUGUUUAUUUGUGUCUCCCUCGACCGAUUUUGUUUAUUUUUGUAUACAAUUAGUAGUGUAAAAUUAGAUUUAGCAGUGCAGUAUCUGAUUAUAUUUAGUAGAAAUUGAUUUAUUAGUAUUGAAACCGAUUAUACUUAGUGUUUAGUCUACAAUCCGAUUAUACUUAGUGUCCAAUAUGUUUUGUUUAGAAUGGCGCAACUACCACCAUGUCGAGUGUGCAAGUUAAGGUGCUCUAGCAGCCUUGCAACUGGCACGUUGUUCGGCAUCUACUUCUAGCUGAGUUUUGUUCCUGCAGCGAUAACAAAUUAUAUGAACCUUCUAAAAGUUAUUUAUUUUAUUUUUGUUGUUAUUUCCAUUAAUGCAUUGUGUGUGUGUGUGUGUUUUGUUCUUACACAUAUCGUCCCAUGCAAUGCAAGAUAGGAAUUCAAUGAGCUGACCGAAGACACUAUGAUCUUCGACGCUCCUGGGGGGCCUACACUAUGGAGGUCGAGAAGGAAUGAAAGAUGUCCUAGAUUUGAGGAGAUGAAUGAGAUCAUUUCAUUGCCCAUAUGCGACUCACUGGGGGGUGAAUUGAUCAGCUUCUCCUUCAGAGGACGAAGACCCAGGCUGGUUGUUAUCUAUCUCAACACGGAGGAAGAUGAUGAGGACCCACUUGAUGAAGCCCUCUAUGGCCAAAGAACGAGGCUGGGCGAUGAUGAAAUGGACAACCUUUGGAAAAAACUUCUGCCACGUGAUGCCUACGCCGGGAUGCCAUUCGUGAGCCAUCUGACAAGGAUGAAUAUUAUCCGCCAUGUCAUGAAAUUACCUACGAGGCUAUGGGUGAGUUGUGACAUCGAGCCGGAUGAAGCAGACAUGGCUAGACUACGCCUUACCACAAGGGGCUCCAUCACCACCUGUGCGUAUGCAGUCGACACGGAUGAUUGCACUGUCUUAAGCAUGGCGGGGUGGAACAACUUCCUUGCUGGCAAGAAUAUCUGUGUUGGACAGGUCAUCUUAGUCACUAUCAGAAACACCCCGCGUGUUGACUUGAGGAUGAUGAUCAUCAUUGAUCUCAUUUGAAAGUAUAUGUGUGGCUGGGCCAUCAGUGUUAAAUAAACUACUUAUUAACUAUUAGUUAGCUAGUGUUUGUGAGAGUAUUGUCAUUUAUUAAUUAGCUAGCUAGUACUAUUUGUGAGAUUGUCGCUUAUUAAUUGGUAUUGUUCUU